AGUCCUCAUUGCUGAUUCACCCCUAACCAUGCCCCUGACAGCUCACACUGGACACAAAGGACAUGAGUAUCAGGAACACAGAAAGAAGCCAUAUGAACAUAAGGAACAUGGGAAAGACUUCCAUUAUUGCCUACAUUUUCAGAAGCAUGAAAAAACUCACACAGCAGAGAAAUCCAGUGUGUGUAAGCACUGUGGAAAAGCUUUUUGUUGUUUCAGAUCUCUUCAAACGCAUGAAAGAAAUCACACAGGAGAUAAACAACAUGUGUGUAAGCAUUGUGGAAAAGGCUUUAGUUCUUCCAGUUACAUUAAAAAGCAUGAACGAAUUCACCGUGGAGAGAAACCUUAUAAAUGCAAACAGUGUGGGAAAGCCUUUCAUUUUCUGAGUUCCCAUCAAAAACAUGAACAAAUUCACAGUGAAGAGAAACCAUAUAAAUGUAAACAAUGUGGGAAAGCCUUUCCUUUUCUCAGUUCCCUUCAAAUGCAUGAAAAAAUUCAUAGUCAAAAGAAACCGUGUGUAUGUAAGCAGUGUGGGAAAGGCUUUAGUUCUUCCAGCUACAUUAAAAUACAUGAACAAAUUCAUAGUGGAGUUAAACCUUAUGUGUGUACUCAAUGUCAAAAAGCCUUUAGUUCCUAUGGGUACCUUAGAAAGCAUGAAGGAAUUCACAGUGAAGUGAAACCUUACACAUGUAUACAAUGUGGCAAAUCUUUCAGUCAUUCGGAUGCAAUCAGAAAACAUGAAAAGACUCACACUGGUGAAAAGCCCUAUGUAUGUAAGCAAUGUGGAAAAGCCUUUCGUUCUUCCUAUUACAUUAAAAUCCAUGAACAAAUUCAUAGUGGAGAGAAACCCUAUACAUGUAAACAAUGUGGGAAAGCUUUUCAUUUCUUCAGAUACCUUCAAAGACAUGAAAUAAUGCACACUGGAGAGAAGCCCUAUGUAUGUAAGCAGUGUGGAAAAGGCUUUAGUUCUUCUAGUCACCUGAAAACACAUGAACAGAUUCACAGUGGAGAGAAACCCUAUACAUGUAAACAAUGUGGAAAAGCCUUUAGUUCUUCCUAUUACAUUAAAAUCCAUGAACGAAUUCAUAGUGGAGAGAAACCCUAUACAUGUAAACAAUGUGGGAAAGCUUUUCAUUUCUUCAGAUACCUUCAAAGACAUGAAAUAAUACACACUGGAGAGAAGCCCUAUGUAUGUAAGCAGUGUGGAAAAGGCUUUAGUUCUGCUAGUCACAUGAAAACACAUGAACAGAUUCACAGUGGAGAGAAACCCUAUACAUGUAAACAAUGUGGAAAAGCCUUUAGUUCUUCCUAUUACAUUAAAAUCCAUGAACGAAAUCAUAGUGGAGAGAAACCCUAAACAUGUAAACAAUGUGGGAAAGCUUUUCAUUUCUUCAGAUACCUUCAAAGACAUGAAAUAAUACACACUGGAGAGAAGCCCUAUGUAUGUAAACAUUGUGGAAAAGGCUUUAGAUCUGCUAGGCAUAUGAAAACACAUGAACAAAUUCACAGUAGAGAGAAACCUUUUAAGUGCAAACAAUAUGGGAAAGACUUUCCUCUACUCAGGUCCCUUCAAAGACAUGAAAGAAGUGACAUGACCGAGAAACCCUAUGUACGUAAGCAAUGUAGAAAAGCCUUUAGUUCUUCCAGUUACAUUAAAAUCCAUGAAUGAAUCCACAGUGGAGAGAAACCUUCUAAGUGCAAACAAUGUGGGAGAACCUUUGAUUUUCCCAAUUGCCUUGAAAUGCAUGAACAAAUUCACAGUGGGAAGAAAGCCUAUGUGUGCAAGCAAUGUGGAAAAGGCUUUAGUUCUUCUAGUGACACUUAAAACACAUGAACAGAUUCAUAGUGGAGAGAAACCUUAUGUGUGUAAGCAAUGUGGAAAAGCCUUUAGUUCUUCCAGGUACCUUAAAAAACAUGAACGAAUUCACAGUGACAAGAAAAAUCUAUAAAUGAAAACCCUAAAGAAGUAGCCAACCAAAGGAGAAACCAAGUCAAGUUAAAAACCAAAAAUAAGUCAAAAUGACUAGGAAUACAAGUCAUAUCUCAAUAAUAACCCUGAAUAUUAAUGGCCUAAACUCAUCAAUCGAAAGACA